AGCCGGUUAGAGCCAGAAAGAAACAGCGUUAUUAUCCGCUCGGACGUUGGAGGGUUAUAUUUACCCAAAACUUAUUUUCAAAUGGGCCCCGUCGCCUAGCGUUUACUCCCCCAGCCUCGCUGACUGAGUUGAAUCGGGUGCUACUGAACAUCGAGCACGUCUGGGUCCCUGAAAGGUUUCCAUCAAGCACAGCACAGAGCCACCAACAACAGUAGAAUGGCAGCUAUUCCAGCAGGCGGUUCUCUUGUGGCGACCACUGACUACUACCGAAGGCGCAUCGGCUCUACGUCCAGCAGCAGCUCUUGUGGCAGUUCGGAGUACAGCGGAGAGGUCAUCCCGCACCAUCCAGGACUCCCCAAGCAGGACUCUGGCCAUUGGUGGUCCAGUUUCUUCUUUGGGAAGCAGCCAGGGAUGACCCCUCUGACUGAGGAGGCACAGCAGAAGGCGGGGGUCCCAGGUGCGGUGACGAAUGGUCAAAUCACCUGCGUCGCCAGGGAGAUGGUGAUGCGACGUCAGGUGAGUGAGAGCAGCGACGCAGGAAGCCCCACCUCCUCCUGAUCCCGCUGCGUCACACCCAUCCACACCGCACCUCGGGGGGAGUCCAACCAGCGACCAAUGCUAGGUGACGGGAGGAUGUCCCGUUUACAACCUUUUUUUAGUUUUUAGUUUGUUUUUUUUUUAAUUCAUUGUAGUAUAGGCUGCCUUACUUGUUUUUGUUUUGUAACC